UUAUCUGUGCGUUUUUACAAGAAAUGUUAUAAGUAUAAUUUAACCAAUUGGUUAUUACCUAUUGUAUUGGACAAAAGAGGAGCAAUGUUUACUUGGGAAGACUUAAAAUAAAUCUGAGCCGUUGAAUGGGGAUUUUGAUUAGACAGAUGCUCCCCGCGCUCAAUGGACGGUUGAGAUUAAUAGUUAGAAGAAAGGGAAAGGUAAUGAAUCCGAUCAACACGACGCCAUAGACAGAAAAUAGUAUGCGGGAGAGACGAGGGAGAAAGUAGGGGAAUCACAGGUGAAGAGAUGGCGGAAUCAUCGGAUUUCCACACACCAAAAAUGGAUUGCCGCAAUAGGGAAGACAGCGGUCUGACCUGCUGGAGCAAAAUUCGGGCAUAUUAUUCAAUUUCCUAUGCCAACAUAUACGUGCAUGUUUAUUUUUCACAGUGUUGCCUCAAGUUUUCUUCCUUUGAUUCCUCUGCUGCUCUUGGGGAUAAGGAAGAAAACCGACAACAACAACACCAACAUAAGCACAGAUUCACAUCCGUUCAGCUCGAAUUGGUUGUAAAGGGUAUUUUUCCAGCUUGUGAAAAAAAAAUUAAAAAAAUAAAAAAAUGUCUGGUUUGACAGUAAAAACACAAAAAAAUAUGCCUGAAUCUCCCAAGGCAUCAAGCUCUCAUAGAGCAGAUGUUGUUGGUGAGAUUGAUACCAGUGCACCUUUCCAAUCUGUCAAGGCUGCCGUCAGUUUAUUUGGCGACCCUGUCUCUCCCAGAGCAUCAGCUCCUGCGACCAAGAAAUCAAAAGCUGAAGAGAGGGUUCUCGAAAAGGAGACACAGCACAGCCUGAUUCUGAAGGAAUUGGAGUGCUACAAAGAACAGCUGAAAAAUGCAGAAGCCGCAAGGGCUCAGGCUCAGCGGGACCUUCAAAGGGCCAAUAGGACGUUGCAGCAACUGACCAACAAGCUGGAAACUCUGAGUGAAUCUAAGCGGGCAUCAAUGGAAGCUACAGAAGCUGCCAAGAUCAGACUUAAAGAACUUGAAGAGCAGCGAUCCCUCAGGGCUCAAAGGGGUAGCGACGCAUGGAAAGAGGACAUAGAAAUCGAACGAGAUGCAUACAAGGCCUGCACAGGAGAGCUGGCUACUGUCAGACAGGAGGUCUCCAAUCUCAGACAGGUUACAGAAGCAGCAUUGCAAGAAAAACUGGACGUGGUUCAGAAAAUGGAGGACGCCCAACGCACAGCUCAAUUGAAUCAGGAGAAGCAGAGCCUCCUAUUGCAAGAACUAAUGUCAUUACGAGAGGAGCUUGAUCAGUUGAAGCUGAGCUCCCUCCAGGCAGAAGAAGACUACUCCAGAAUCGUCUCAGAAAAGGAGUCUUGCUUGUUGGCUUGCAAAUCAGCCAAGGCAGAAGCCGAGAAGGAAAUAGAACGAUUGAGAGAAGAGGACAUGCCGAAAGAAGUUCUCGAGCAGAAGCUAGCGGAAACAAUGGAGGCAGUCACAGUUUUGCAGGAUCAACUCAAUGAAAUUCAGGCUUCGGAUUUGAAUUCCAUCAAGACCAUGGCCUCAGAGCUCGACAGUGCUAAAAAGAAGCUGCAGGAAGUCGUUGCAGAAGAAACUUCGAUCCGAAGUACUGUUGAGUCAAUCAAACAGCAGCUGGAGGAGGUGAAGAAGGAGCGCGCCGAAUCAGAGCAUAAAACAUUGAAAGCAGAAGCAGCUGUUCGCGACUUGCAGGCCGAGCUGGAGAAGAAAGAGAUCGAACUCGAAGCUGCUGUCUCCAAAUGUGGUUCUGCUUCCUUAAAAAAGCUUUCAGCCGAAGCCGAAAGGGCUAGACAGGAAACACAAGAAUACAAGAAGAGUGCCGAGUUACUGAAGCAAGAAGCCGAAGCAGCAAGAACUCAAACCAAAGAAGCCGAGAAUAACCUGAACAUCGCUCUAAAGGAGGCCGAAGAGGCCAAGGCUGCGCAGAAGCUUGCGGAAGAACAAAUGCACAAUCAUGCUCUGGCCGGUAAAGCUGAUGGCUUGGAAAAUCUAAUCAGGCUGCCUGUCGAGGAGUUCGAGUCCAUGAAAAAGAAAACUGAGGAUUUCGGAAGUCAGACUGAGAUCAAAGUGGCUACGGCAAUGGCGCAGAUAGAGAGCAUAAACACGAGCAAGAAAGAAGCGUCACAGAAGCUGCAGGAGGUUUUGAAAGAGAAUGAAGCUUUACAAUCUGAAAUCAACGAUACUCUGAAGAGGAUAGAGAUGGCAGAUGCAGCUAAAAGAGAAGUCGAAACUGAACUCCAGAAAUGGCGUACUGAACAAAAUGAAGCCGGUGAAUCAUCCGAUAGUCCUAAAUCAAAAUGAUGCUGAUACAACGAUGAUAAAGAACACACAAAAUGCUGUUCUGCGGUUUGGAUGUCUUCAAGAACACAAAAUGAAUAGCAUUCAGAAUCAGUCUCCACAGGCAACUAGAGGCCAUAAAAGGGGUAGAUGUCUUGUUCCUAUGUCAUUUUUUUCCAUGAAAUAUUCUUACAUACAUUUCACUUAAAGAAUCAAGAAUGAUAUAUAUAUAUAGUCCUCCUAUGUAACCAUAAAACUAUAAUGUAAUAUAUAUAUAUGUAAUUUCGAGCU